AUGGCGCUGAUACAGACCUCUCUCAUCUGGGUCGCCUACGCCGUCGCCGUGGGAAUCCUCUUCCUCAUCGCGUCCACAUUCGUCUAUGUCUACCAGAAGCCGCGCGAUCGCGCUGCCGCCGUUACCAUUGUCUGCAUCUUCACCACUCUUGCGCUGCUCGCAACCGUCCUCCUCAUUCCCGUCGACGUCGCUCUCGUCUCGUCUACCUCGCGAUCCAGUCUAGGCCGCAAGAAGGAUUGGGCAACCCCGGAGAAGGUCGAUAGCAUUGUCUACACUCUGCGCAUCGUCUACUACACGCUCUACUCGCUCGAUGCGCUUCUCUGUCUUCUCGUCAUUCCCUUUACCUACUUCUGGUACGAGGAAUACGAUGAGGAUGCGGCCGAGCAUGGCGAGCAGACCGCUGGCCAGCGCAUUUGGGGUGCUCUCAAGUGGACUCUCGGCUUCCUCAUCUUUGUAGUCGCAAUCUUCCUUGUCGGUUUCUUCGUGCCCUUUGCGAAGCAGGCCAAGGAUGACAAGCGUCUGGACCUCGACUACUUCAAGCAUCUUCUCUCGGAGAACCAUGGCGAACGCGCUCUAUCCUUUGGCCUCGGCUUCCUCAUCACCGUCGGAACCGUCCUCUUCGUGCUCUACACCGGCGCUGGUAUGGCCCUCCUCCCCGUCGCCAUGAUCAAGUCCGCGCCGUCCGUUUCAGCCCCCACGCUCGCCGCGAACACCGCGUCUCAACUCGAGAACAAUCGUGAGCGCCAGAGGCAGCUUGAAGGACGCAACGAAGGCAGCGAAGGCGGACUGGACAGCAGGGACAGACGCGAAUUGGAAGCGCUUGUCCGCGAAGAACGCACCCUCAUCCGUCGCGAGCGCCUCGCUGCCGAGUCCAGCGGCGAGGACCGCCAUUGGAUCGUCAAAGCCUGGAUCAAGACCGAAGCCUUCUUCCGCCCGCUCAAGCUCAUCGGCGGCCUCAUCCUGAUGGUCUUCGCCCUCGUCAUCUUCGCCAGCAUGCUCAUCACCGGCAUCGACAAGGCCAAGAACUCCAUCUGCGGCGCCCACUGCGGCUACAUCCUCGGCCACAUCAACAUCUUCCAGCCGCUCAACUACAUCCUCGUCAAGUCCGCCAAGGUCUUCCCCAUCGACUAUGUUAUGUUCCUUCUCCUUGUCCUCUUCUUCUUCUCCGCCUCCGUUGUCGGUAUCGCGACCGCUGGUAUCCGCUUCCUGUGGAUCACCAUCUUCAAGAUCCGCAAGGGACAUACUUCGCCCCAGGCACUUCUCAUGGCUACCGUCCUCCUCACCCUCAUCACCCUCGCAAUCAACUACUCCGUCGCCAUGGUCGUCGCACCCCAAUACGCAACCUGGGGCCCACAAACCUACUGCGACAUGAAAACCAACAGCCUAGACGAACAGCCCGAUUGCACUGAGCACAAGGAUCUCAUCAAGGCUUGCAGCGAACUCGCCACCAACCCUGCUGCUCAACAAGUUUGCACACCUUCCGUCCUCAGCACCUUCAUCAACCGCGUCACCAUCAACUUCCCCUUCUUCGGCGUCGUCCUCUUCUGGGCUCAGUUCGCCUUCUUGGGUGUUUACCUCAUCGUCUUCUUGACUACGCUGUUCAAGGCGCCUAGUCUGGACCAGGAACAGAUUGAUCGUGAUCUUGAGGAGGAAGAGGAGGAGGGUCUGCUGGCUAGCACGGGACGUAGGUUUGGGGCUGCGUGGAGUGAUGUUACUGGAAGGGCUAGGAAGCCUGCGGGCUAUGGUGCGACGGAUAGGGAUGAGAGGAUUCAGUAA